UAGGACUCAGACCCAGGACGCUGGAGCUCAGAGCUGUCAUGGCGGACUCCGACGGAGGAGUAGAGGACCUGGAGAAAACUGUUUCCAAAGCCCGCAGUGGGAUUAAUGACGGGAGGGAGAUGAAUGCCGGGUCACAGAGCGGGUCGGACUUACUCUCCAAGUCAGAGUACUGUGAGAAGCUGCAGGAGUGGAUGUGGCAGUAUUACUGCGGCUAUGUGAGCUGGCACAGCUGGCUCUCGGUGUUUCCUCCCUGCCUCCCGACACACGCAGCGAGCGCGAGCCUGAGAGCGCCGCUCUGGGGGGCGGACAUGAUUGACACAGACCCGCGCACCUGGAUCUCGCCUUCAGCCGCUCUCCCUUUUCCUGCUUUCCCGCCUUUUCCGCUUCCCGCGGCCAGCACACCGGCUCACACCGAGGCCGAAAGACAGGUGGAGAUUACACAGAGGCAGAAUGUCCCUGUCCCCCAGCACCUGCAGCACAACGGACACGCCCAGCAGCCAGGUCGGGAAUAUUUCAUUCCCUCUCCACUCCACCGCUUCCUGGCUGAGAUGGUGGACUUCUUCAUCCUCUUCUUCAUCAAAGCCACCAUCAUCCUAAGCAUAAUGCACCUGAGUGGAAUGAAGGACAUAUCCAAAUUCGCCAUGCACUUCAUUGUAGAAGAAAUAGAUGAAGACACAUCGAUGGAGGAACUGCAGAAAAUGAUGCUUGUGGCUCUUGUGUACCGGAUAUUGGUGUGCUUCUAUGAGAUCAUAUGUAUUUGGGGAGUUGGAGGAGCCACGCCAGGGAAAUUUCUGCUUGGCCUGCGAGUAGUGACGUGUGACACGUCCGUCCUGGUGCAGCCCAACCGAGUGCGUGUGGUGCCUGCGACUAACGUCAGUCUGUCAGCGUCAACCAUCCGAGCCUUAAACAAAAAUUUCUCCAUUGCGUUUUUCUUCCCGGCGUUCAUCACGCUGCUGUUUUUCCAGCACAACAGAACUGUAUAUGAUAUUGUGGCAGGGACUAUAGUGGUCAAGAGAAACAGACAUAGGUGAUAUGGGUGGAGGAGCGAACCUGCGGAGCAAAUCCACAUCAAGAACUGAUCCAAAGAGCUGCUGGGUUACAGGACAGAGAGAAAACGAUGAAAUCCUCAGAGCGGUGGAGCAGAGAACUGUCUGACUGCAUGUAUUCUUCACCGCAGGUACUCAAGGAGCGUUUGAAUGAUUUAAUGUAAUGAGUCACCUUUUUUUGCCUUUCGGCAUUUACAAUAUGAUUUUUUUGAAGAAUUUAAUGACAUGCCAUGCAAUGAGUCACAUGCAAAUUUCAAUACGUGUACAUUGUCUUUGCUAAUUACUGUAUUUAACAGUAAAACUUAUUCUGUGUCCUUUCUGCAUAUCAGCAGUGUUUAACCAGUGUUUAACCUCCAGACAAGUCCGUCAAAAUGAUCUAAAUAUUCAUGGCCUGAAAGACAGAAUAAUGCCAAUGGUUAAGACUUUUAAGAACUAAAUGAUUUUAGUUUUAAACUAAGCUUUAGCAGUUUAGGGUUUUUUCUUUUUUUUUUAUCACUGCCUUCCUAAGUUAUAGAAAAUACAGUGGGCUUACGGUAUGUCUAAUUAGUGAAUAUGCACAUAUACUGUAUACUAUAAACAUUUAUAAUUUGCAUCAAGGCUUACCUUGAGAAAUAAAUUGGAUCUAAUACCUAAAACAGUUUGUGCUGUUGUAGCACCACAAUUUGAAAUUUAUAUUUUUACCAUUUGGCGAGAGGCGAGAGGCAUCUACUGUGGUCUUUUAGCCAAACACCCCCCCCCCCCUCUCGCAAGGGAAGCAAAAAUAUGCUAUACAUCAUUCAUUAAAACCGCACACUAUAGCAAAAGGUCUUCAUUUAUUUGACUCUAUUUAUUUUACUGAUCAUCUUUAUCUUUAUCGUGCCUUCAACAUGAAUGUGCUA